UCAUAAUUUGUGUGUGUUUACAAUUAGAUUAGUCAUCUAAUUAGUUAAUCUUAUAAACUAAUUAACACAAGAGGAAGAGGAAAGAGUUACAAUCUAAUAAUUGGAAUAGAUCAAUUCUCUAUAUGGAAAAAAGGUAACAGUGUUUAAACUAAUCACUAAUGGAUGGAUUAACAUGACACACUGAUUUACUUGCAUUAAUUUAGUUAAUCAACUGAGAGAGAGAGAGAGAGAGAGAGAGAGAGAGAGAGAGAGAGAUGAAUCUUCAUACUGUUUGGAUAUUCACACAAACUCAGAUUAUCAUAUCUUCAUUGUUUUUCCUUCAAUUGUGUUCCCAUAUGAGAACUUAAUUUCCUGGAUUUAAUAUCGAAAUAUCAAUUGAUUACUCAAAGAAUUAUAAUAUUACCUUUUCAUGUAAAGACGAUGGAUUGAAUAGCUUUGGAACAGAAUUUUGUCCAUUAAUCCAUCCGGGUUUUCCUGUUAAAAGAGAUUCUAACUCAGAAUUUUCCAUUGGAUUCUCAUUGAAACUCAUUCUUUUUGGUCCAAGGGAAUCAAAGUUUUCGCUUAGAGAAAAGUUCUGGUCAAAUAAUAGACUGUCCAUUGGAUCGUUACGAUUUUCCAUUUCAUUUUCAUUCUCUUGAUUAUCUGACAUCAACAGGUUAGGAAUAAGAUGACCAUUGGGAUGAUCUUCACCAGGAAGAUUCGUCAUGUCAACUGAUGGAAUCUGAUCAAAUCCAUAUAAUUGAUUGAACAUUUUCUCAUCAUAAACUUCCUGUUCACUUCCAUCACCUGAAUCAUUGAUUAUUGGUAAAUCUGGAUCAUUUGGUUCUGUUGGUGAUUGAAUUGGAACACCGUAUGAAUAAGUUGAUACUCUUUGAUCAGAUGAUUGACCAGAUAGACUUGAAUGGUCAUUGUAACUUUUACUGUUCUUCAUCAUUUUCAGUGAAUUAAUGUUAUCAUUUAGAUUAUCGAUACUCUUUAUCAAUUUGUGUGUAUUAAUCUCUUUUGAUUCAGUAUUUUCAGAGAAUCCGUCAUGGUGAUUAUUGUCUAUUCUAUUGGUAUAAAUUUUGUUGGAUUCUAUGUGAGCAUUUGGUGGACUUGAAGUUGACGAUCGAUCGACUGAACUUUUCGAGGUCAUUGAGGUGAUAAAGAUGUCGAAGAUGAGAUGAUUGGAUGAGAAUUUACUGAUUGGCUUGGUGAUAAUCCAGAAGAACUUAUCGUCUCGGUGGGAGAAAAGUUUCUCGACGAUGGAUCGUUAGUCACAUGAUAGUUAACGAAAUUAUCGUCGGAACCUUUAACCUCUUCGAUUAGAAUCGGUGGUGAAUUUUUAAUCUUUCGAAUGAUAAUAUGAGGCUCAUUUGGAUCAACUUUCGAAUCUUUUGCUGCCAUUUUUGGAAAUGAACUCGACUUUCUAAGGUUCUUUGACCCUUUCGAACCUUUGUUCGAGGUUUUUUAUCUUUCGAACGGUUCGAAAGUUGAAAGGAAAAAGAAGAAAAAACUCACUUGAUUAAUAUUUUCGAAAACGAUAAAUUGAUGAGCUUUUAAUUACUUACAAUUCUUUGGAACAUAAGGAAUCAUGAUUGGAAUGAAUCGUGUCAAAGGUGAAACGCUCGAACUACACUUAGAACCUUUUGAACAUUUAAUCGAUUCUAAAUUUCGUAACUUUUCAUGAGCAAGACGAUUAAGGAGAUGAUGUUGUUUCGACAAUGGUUCAUGGACAAAUCUUUGCGAUAAAAUUGAUGAUCGAUGUUGAUGAUAAUCAUAAUCCGACAACGGAGAUGGAGAUGGAGGUGGUAACGUUGGCGGCGGCGGUGGUGGUGGUGGUGGUGUUGACGUACUUAACGACUUAUCGGAUUGCCCUGAGUUCGAUGGCCCGUUAUUGGAAUUUGUUCCAGUUCCUAAAAUGAUUAUUGUGUUGCCACUUUUAACGGUUUUUCGAGGAACAUAUCGGGAUGUCGCUAAUUCCCCACCAGGACCGAGAACGAUAAUAUUAUUACCAGAACUUUCAUCGUCGUUUCUUGACUUGGCACAAACUGAGAGUAAUAUCGAACAGAACUUUUCUCUUUUUCUCUCUUCACCAAAAAUCAAGCAAAAGAACUUCAAUCAAUCAAUUCUACCUGAUAAUCGGCAAUAACAUGAAAAAAAAUGCAUUCAAAUUUUGAUUACUUUCGUUAUGAUUGAUCUCAAGUAAACUUUUGUUAAUCUUUCAUCAGUAAAUCUUUACAUUUUUGGAUAAUCAAUAUAAAGAAAGCAAAAAAUGAAAAUAAUGAAACAACAACAGGUUAUCCUUAUGAAGUGAAUGGAAAAGUGAUCCAACCAAUACGAACUGUCAAUCACCUUGUUACCACCCAAAGGAUCAUCAAUUGGAAGGAUAAAAUCAUCAGCGAAUGUGUUGACUUUUAUCAUCUUAGUCGACAAAUUAUCUAAUUGCUUAGACAUUUAUAUUAUAUUAUAAAUUGUAUUCUUUUUUUCCUCUAACAAUCAUCAUCAUAUUCCAUCAUCAUAAAUAUACUCAGAAAGAAUCAUAAUAUCUUUUAGUUUAUUUUCCUUGUGCUUCUAUUACAUUUUUCUCAACUCGUGUGACUUGUGAUCUCUUUUCCAAUUCCAUUGUUAUUGAAUUGAAAAUUCUCCCUCUCUCCCACUCUCUCAUUUUCUCUCUCUCAUCUUGUCUUCAUCUCUACGCCACAAUUGUCGCCAAAUUCUGGAAGAAAAUGCCUCUUUUUCACAAGAAAGAGGUUAAAAAGGAAUCAUCAAGAAUCGAUGAGAAAUACGAUCUGAAAGAUGUUCUUGGAACUGGAGCAUUUUCUCAGGUAGUUCUUGCCGAAAGUAAAGAGCGUCCAGGUCAAUUGUCCGCCGUUAAGUGUAUCGAUAAAAAAGCUCUUAAAGGAAAAGAGGAUUCACUUGAAAAUGAAAUUCGAGUACUUCGAAAAUUGAACCAUUCGAAUAUUGUCCAGUUAAAGGAAACAUAUGAAGAUAAACAAAAGGUUUACCUGGUCAUGGAAUUGGUUACCGGAGGUGAACUUUUCGAUCGGAUAGUCGAGAAAGGAAGUUACACCGAAAAGGAUGCAAGUGCCCUUAUCCGUCAAAUUUUGGAGGCCGUUGAUUAUAUGCACUGUCAGGGUGUCGUCCAUCGUGACCUUAAACCUGAAAAUUUGCUUUACUACAAUCAAGAUCCUGAUUCAAAGAUAAUGAUUAGUGAUUUUGGUCUUUCCAAAAUGGAGGAUUCUGGUGUUAUGGCAACAGCCUGUGGUACACCCGGUUAUGUGGCACCCGAAGUUUUAUCACAAAAACCUUACGGUAAAGCGGUCGAUAUUUGGUCCAUCGGGGUAAUUGCAUAUAUCCUAUUAUGUGGAUAUCCGCCUUUUUAUGAUGAAAAUGAUGCCAAUCUUUUUGCUCAGAUUGUCAAAGGUGAUUUUGAAUUCGAUUCACCCUAUUGGGAUGAUAUUUCCGAUUCAGCGAAAGAUUUUAUCUCUCACCUUAUCUGCGUUAAUCCAACAAAAAGAUAUACCUGUAAACAAGCACUUGGCCAUCCAUGGAUUAGUGGAAACGCUGCUUCGGAUAAAAAUAUCCAUGGAUCUGUGAGUGAACAAUUGAAGAAAAAUUUUUACAAAACAAAAUGGAAACAAGCUUAUAAUGCUGCAGCGGUGGUUCAUCAGAUGAAAAAACUGGCAGUGGGCAAAUCACACCACCACCACGAGAAUACAAUUAAUAAAAACUGUAUCAGUCCAUCCACUGGGAAAAUUCAAUCAGACGCAAUCAAGCCAAUGAUUAACAAUAAUAACAACAACAGCACCAACACCAGUAUCAAUAUGAACGCAACAAACAACAACAACAACAACAACAACAACACCAACAAUAACACCAACAAUAAUAAUACCAUCGCCAGUAAUAAUAAUAACAAUAUUAUUAAUAAUCUUAAUUGUUCAACAGAAUCUGCUUCCUCUGCCAACAGCAACAACAAUUUAAACGAUAAGCCACCGGCAUCCAUGGUUAAAACUCCGAUUGUUGAUCGGACAUGAUGAUUAACUGAGAUAUUAACAAUGAACAAUUAUCAUCCAUCAACACAUUCCAUGGAAAGAGAACAAUUAAUUUUAAUUUCUAUUAAUAGUAAUUAACUUUUUUUUCCAACCAAUUUCUUCCUGCAAUCAAUACAUAUAAUUAACAACUUUUCUGUUUUUCCUCAAUUCGCCAACAUUGAUUUUAUUUUGAUUUGUUAUUCUUUUAAAAGAAACCAAAAUAUAACAAUUAAUUGCGACAA